UGAACGGACACAUUUGUUUUUAAAAGGGUCGGUGUGUAAUUCCAUAUCAAGAUGUUGCACGCGCUCGCGUGGAUGUGUGCGUGAUGUCACGUGAGGUGGAUUUUUUCGUCUUGAGCUGAGCUUGACCAACACAGACGGUCCCAAAGGUUGGAGGUUAUUUGAAGUGUUUUUAUCAACACACAAAGCCUUGAGAUGGAGAAGAUGACCAAGGUCAGCUCCAUCAGUGGCCGUACCAUGUUUUGCCACCUGGAUGCUCCUGCCAACGCCAUCAGCGUGUGUCGGGAUGCUUCGCAGGUGGUGGUUGCUGGGCGAAAUAUCUUCAAGAUAUACGGUCUGGAGGAAGACGGUUUCGUGGAGCGUCUGAACCUGCGCGUGGGGCGCAAACCCUCGCUGAACUUCAGCUGUGCGGACGUCAUGUGGCAUCAGAUGGAGGAGAACCUGUUGGCCACCGCCGCCACUAACGGAGCCGUGGUGACGUGGAACCUGGCGCGGCCGUGCCGUAACAAACAGGAGCAGUUGUUCACAGAGCACAAGCGCACGGUCAACAAGGUCUGUUUUCACCCUACUGAGGUGAACAUGCUGCUGUCCGGCUCUCAGGACGGAUUCAUGAAGUGUUUUGACCUGCGAAAGAAGGAAAGCGUCAGCACGUUUUCUGGUCAGUCUGAGAGCGUGAGAGAUGUGCAGUUCAGUAUGAAGGAUUAUUUCACCUUUGCGGCCUCGUUCGAGAAUGGAAACGUGCAGCUGUGGGACAUCCGCAGACCCGACCGUUACGAGAGGAUGUUUACCGCGCACACUGGCCCCGUCUUCUGCUGUGACUGGCACCCUGAGGACAGGGGUUGGCUCGCCACAGGCGGACGUGACAAGAUGGUGAAAGUCUGGGACAUGUCGACCAAUCGCGUGAAGGAGAUCUACUGCGUUCAGACCAUUGCGUCGGUGGCCAGAGUGAAGUGGCGUCCGGAGCGGCGCUAUCACCUGGCCACCUGCUCCAUGAUGGUGGACCACAACAUCUACGUGUGGGACGUCCGCCGGCCGUUCAUCCCCUUCGCCACGUUCGAGGAGCACAAAGACGUGACCACGGGAAUCGUGUGGCGGCACCAGCAUGACUCCGAAUUCCUUCUGUCGGGGUCCAAGGACAGCACUCUGUACCAGCACAUGUUUAAAGACGCCAGCAGGCCCGUCGACCGCGCCAACCCUGAAGGACUCUGUUUCGGGUUGUUCGGCGACCUGGCGUUUGCUGCUAAAGAGAGUCUGAUGACCGCUCCCCCUUCUGUAGGGGACGUGGGGCGUAAAACCUACCCAGGCGGCGAUCGGCGGUACCCCAUCUUCUUCUUCAAGAAGCCCGAUGUGACGGCGCAGUUUGCGCAGGUGUCCAGCGCGCUCAGUGUGUUUGAGAGUGAAGCGGGCAGCAGCGUCGGCAUGGACUGGUUCAUUAGCACCGCGCAGAGUUACCUGCUUAGCGGGAAACCCUUCGCCGAGCUCUGUGAGCACAACGCUCAGGUCGCCAAGAAACUCAACAGACUGCAGGUACUUGUUUUGUCCGCUAAAGCACUUUGAUUUAAAAUAUUAAAGGGGACCUAUUAUGCCCCUUUUCACAAGAUGCAGCCAAAAUGAGGAUUGUCA